AUGGCCUUGACGCUUCAGUACUGCCGCACUUUCAUUGAUGCACAGGAAGGUGCAGCGAAUGUUCAAAAGCCUCGCUCUUCCAGCACGCCUCCUUGCCUUGGUCGUCAGAGUUGGGAUACAAAUGCCCGCCGCGAGGAAGAGGCAUUGAGGACAUAUGUCACCUCCCUCACCACCAACGUGACUGACCUCCGCCCUGGAAGAGACCCCAGGGCCGGCGGAGAAUUUCCCGAGCCCCAAGAACCCGCAGCAUCCACCUCUAGCGAUGUCUGCUUCCUCUUUCCCAGCAAGGGAAGUGUUGGCCAUCCUGAGCUUUGCCAUCGUCCCUGCAUCUAUUUUGCUUCUGGUCAUUGUGAGAAUGGCAGUGCCUGUGGUUACUGCCACAUGGAACACCAGGAGAAGCCCAUAAAGUUGGACAAGCAGCAGCGGGCGAUGGUUCACUGUCUUAGCAAGCCUCAGGUUUUGGCAAUCAUGCUCCGGUACCUCAAGCCAAUCGCAGCAAGGCAAGGAUUUGAACUCCAAGCCGCCGAAGUGGUGCAGCUUGUUGAGCGCGAAUUCGCCUUGCAUGGACAUCACGCCGAUGAAGCUUUGGCAGAGAUUCCGGAAAAAGUCAUGAAGAAGCUGAGCAAAACGCUGGACAGGAUGCGUUUUUCGGGAAUUUUGGGGCUUGCAUCGCAGGAGCAGAUAGGCUAUCCCUUCCGACAGCACAUGAUUGAGGCACUGGAGAGGCUACGUGCAGCAGCAUUCACACACGAUCUUACAGAGCACGAGUGA